AUGGCCGUUAGGGUCCCGGGCCGCGCGGGGCCGCCCCAGGCGCGCAGGGCGCGCAGGCUGCUCUUCGCCUUCACGCUCUCGCUGUCCUGCACGUACCUGUGCUACAGCCUCCUGCGCUGCUGCGACGGCCGCGGCCGCCUCCUCCGCGCGCCCCGCGGCCCCCGCGCGGCCGUCCCGCCCGCGCCCCCGGAGCCCCGGCCCUGCGCCCCGCCGGGGCCGCCGCCCCACGCGCCCGCGCCGCGCCCCGCGGCUUCCAGCCUGUCGGGCCCCCUGAAGCCGGGCACCAAGCGGCUGCCCCAGGCCCUGAUCGUGGGCGUGAAGAAGGGGGGCACGCGCGCCGUGCUGGAGUUUAUCCGCGUGCACCCGGACGUGCGGGCCCUGGGCACCGAGCCCCACUUCUUCGACAGGAACUACGGGCGCGGGCUGGACUGGUACAGGAGCCUCAUGCCGCGGACGCUGGAGAGCCAGAUCACGCUGGAGAAGACGCCCAGCUACUUCGUCACGCAGGAGGCCCCGCGGCGCAUCUUCAACAUGUCGCGGGACACCAAGCUGAUCGUGGUGGUGCGGAACCCGGUGACCCGCGCCAUCUCCGACUACACCCAGACGCUGUCCAAGAAGCCCGACAUCCCCACCUUCGAGGGCCUGUCCUUCCGGAACCGCACGCUGGGCCUGGUGGACGUGUCCUGGAACGCCAUCCGCAUCGGCCUGUACGCGCUGCACCUGGAGGGCUGGCUGCGCUACUUCCCGCGCGCGCAGAUCCACUUCGUGAGCGGCGAGCGGCUCAUCACCGACCCCGCGGGCGAGAUGGGGCGCGUGCAGGACUUCCUGGGCAUCCGCCGCUUCCUCACCGACAAGCACUUCUACUUCAACAAGACCAAGGGCUUCCCCUGCCUGCGGAGGACCGAGGCCAGCCUCCUGCCCCGGUGUCUGGGCAAGUCCAAGGGCAGGGCUCACGUGCAGAUCGACCCCGAGGUCAUAGACCAGCUGCGGGAGUUCUACAGGCCCCACAACCUCAAGUUCUAUGAGACCGUGGGCCAGGACUUCCGGUGGGAGUAG